AUAUAUAUACAUACCCAGAUUCAAACUAUUGUAGAAGUUGAUGGAAGAGUGAAACAGAAAAAAAAAUGAGAUUGAGAUUUGCUUUGCUUUUUAUGAUAUUAUAAUGAAAGGAGAGUAUUUAAGUUGUUCUUUGAAAACCCAUGGCUCAGCAUAUUCAAAUCCCAUCACCAUUGAUUCUCCAGAAGCUGUAUUGCGAAGAAGAAGAAAGCUUUGAAGACGACAAUGGAAGUGAAAUUUGUGUUGAAACAGUGAAAAAAGAGACAUUUUUACCUUCAUUCUUCAUUGAAAAUGAUUAUUUCUUUGAACAAGACGAUGAGUUGUUUGUUUUAAUGUCUAAAGAGAAACAGACCCACCAUGGGUACAUUGAUGUUAACUUAAACAAGCCACUGGUUUUAGCUCGAAAACAAGCUUUGGGGUUGUUUUUCAAGGUCAAAGAACACUAUGGGUUCAAUGCUUUAACCAUGGUUCUUGCUGUGAAUUACUUCGAUAGGUUCAUUUCAAGCUUGAAACUUCAACAAGAUAACCCAUGGAUGAGUCAAUUAGCUGCUGUUGCUUGUUUAUCUUUAGCUGCUAAAGUUGAAGAAACUCAAGUACCACUCCUUUUAGAGCUUCAAGUGGAAGAAUCAAACUAUGUUUUUGAUUCAAAAACUAUACAAAGAAUGGAGCUUUUAGUGUUAUCAACUCUUCAAUGGAGGAUGAACCCUAUAACACCAAUUUCCUUCUUUAAUCACAUUACAAGUAGACUUGGAUUGAAGUCUCAUUUACAUUUUGAGUUCCUUCAUAGCUGUGAACAUUUGCUUCUUCUUGUCAUUACUGAUUCAAGGUUCAUGCUUUAUAUACCUUCAAUCUUAGCUGCUGCAACAAUGCUACAUGUUAUUAAAGAUAUUGAACCAUGUCAUUACCUCGAAUAUCAAAAACAACUCAUUGGUGUACUCAAGAUAUGUGAGGAUGAAGUAAAUUCGUGCUACGAGCUCAUCUCGGAGUUACUGGAAAGCCGAGGCCACAAAAGUAAGCGUAGAUUGGUCCCGAGCCCGAGUAGUCCUAAUGGUGUCAUUGAUGCAUCUUUCAGCUGUGAUAACUUGGUUGAUUCGUGGGCUGUGACAACGUCUUCGGUUUCGUCAUCGUCGUAUCCACAAUUCAAAAGGAGUAGAGCACCGGACCAGCAAAUGCGGCUGCCGUCGGUAAACCGUAUGUUUGUCGAUCCGGUUAGUCGUCCCCCUUAAUAGUAAUAAGUAGUACUAUUAGACAUGUCAUUUGUAGGAUUCCUUUUGCGUAUAUUGUUGGUUAUUGUUCCUAAUGUAUGAUCUGUAUGUGUUUAGUUAUUUAUUGCCUUCCUAAAAAUUGGCUAUAACAUGGGCCGGAAAUUGAUCGAUAUCGUUCGUUGGACCGUCGUAGUCGGUUUCUCUGUUUUCCGAUAGAACGAAAUGCAUGUUCUUUUAUGAUUCCUCCAAUGUAUGAUUGUUGAACAAAACAUGCAUCAAUGACAUUCCCUGCAUCUGCAAAUA